AUGGCUUCUAAGAUGAUCUGUUACAUUUUUUCCCCGAUGAUUUGUGAAUUUGGUUUUUACUCAAGGAUGACAAAUAUCAAGAUGUUCUUGGACACUUUCAGAAAGAUUUUUGAAGAUUGUGGUGUCCGCGAAGAAUUUGGGGGCGAAAUUUGGUGGUUAUGGAUCAAGAUUAUGAUGUUGAUUGUGUUAACCCUGAAGAAUAGGCCUGCUAUACAGAUUCCCUGUGCAAGCACACUCCUAUAUUUACAUCUUGAUAUCAGAUUCAGGUAUCUUAAUGAAACUUUUUUUAGUGGUUGGCUUUUGAAUCUGAUAGAGGAAAUGUCAUGAAGAUAUUAACAUUUAAAAUGCCCCACAUGAAAUGCCAAAAUCCAUAAAAAGAGGUACACGAAUCAGUUACGGGAAACUUCAUCCUUCACUGCAUUUCUCAAUUCUUUUUUGUCUUCCUCAAACUCUAAAGAGGAUGCAAACUCAAAUGGACAGAAGAAUGGUGAUAAAGGUAAGAAUAACCCUUUACCUGAUUCAUCUAUGAAGGAUAAUGGUGGGAAGAAAAGUUUGUUUACUAGAAGUAAGCAAUCAGUUGGUAGUGUUAUUCACCGAGCUGCCAGAAUUGGUGGUUAUCACCAUCAGGAUCGAAAGGAUAAUAAUCUUGAAGUGAAACAUCAAGAUAGGAGGAAAGAAUCACUGCUUGUGGUUGAAUCCUUGUCUGUGUCUUUGGAUGAUUUGCCAAGAAUUUCUGAACCUUCGGUUAUUGUUUCUGAAAGUAUAAGGAAUGUUCUCUAUGCUUCUCUUCCACCUCUUAUGCAUGGAAGGAAAUGGUCGUUGCUAUACAGCACUUGGAGGAAUGGUAUAUCACUUUCAACUCUUUACCGAAGAAGCGCGUUAUGGCCUCGAUUGAGUUUGAUGGUACAACUUAAUUAUCCUAAAGUUUAUGCUGUCUAGUUUUAAGGCCAUAUCUUGAUAAUUCCAAUUCUUCAAUAUGGAUUGGCUCAUUCUUCUUUUCUUUUCUGAAUUAUCAUUGAUAUGUUCAUCUUUCUGUUCUUUAAGCGGUUAGGCCAACAGAUCCUUAUAAGAUCUUGUGCUUGAUUACAUUGUCUCCAGGAAUGUUUGGUUUGAUUUGGUUAAUAUUUGCAUAUGAUGUUAAUAUUAGGAGCAUAAAACUUACUAUAUCUGAUGGCUUUUAUGCAGCUGUCUUAAGUGAUGCAAGCUGAUACAAAUAGUAAUAAUCUGCCUUAUACUCAACAGAUGAAAAUUAAUGAAAAUUAAUGUGCCUGUUUUGAUUGUUA